AUGUAUAGAAUUAGUGGGGAUGAAGUCUUCAACUCUGUAUCCACAGUGUUAAUGAAUGGGAAGUAUGAGGGUAGGAAGGGUAUCAUUGGUGAAUGCUGGGCCAUGUAUAGAAUCAGUAGGGAUGAAGUCUUCAACUCUGUAUCUACAGUGUUAAUGAAUGGGAAGUACAAGGGUAGGAAGGGUAUCAUUGAUGGCCAGAGCUCAUGUAUUUUACAGGACAGCACACCCAAUAUUUCUCAUGCCCCCUCCAUGCAGCAGGAGUUUGACACACUGGAACCUCAAACAUCAGGUCCACAAGGUGACAUUCCCCCACAGGUGUUACAGUUCAUGGAAGCCAUUACCAAAGGGAUUGAGAGCACCAUGAAAAGCAUGCUCAGCAGUGCCCCCACUCCCAGAGGAAGAAUGCAGAGAGUCAAGAGCUACAGGAGGAGAGAGAUGCAGAAUCCAGCAAUUAAUGCCAAAGUGCAAAGGCUGUUUAAGGAGAAACUCCAUUUUACUCAAGACAUUGAGUUUGUCACCCACAAUUCAGCAGAUCCCAUUGACAUCCAUUCAUAUGAAUUUGAGGAUGGACCCAGCCCUGAUUCUGAUGUGCUAGUCUUUGUUAUGAUGCAUAAUGCUAACUCCCCAUGGAAUAGCACCAUAAUUGAUCUCCUUCUCCAAGAACUGCAUACACAGUCAAUGGAAGAGAACUGGCCAACAGCCCAACCAAUGUUGACCAAGCAUGGUGUCAUCAAAACACCAGCUGAAAUGGAGGCAUGGUUGAUAGAGGAGAGAGAAGAGGUUUUGAAACUGAGUCAUCAGACUACCUGCUGUCACAAUAAAUUCAUGUGCAGGGCAACUAUUCUUGAACACAUCAUGAAAUUGAAGACCAAUGAGGGUGAUGCCAAUGCUGCAGCUUGGACAUGGCUGCAAGACCUUGUCCUAUGCCUUGGUGAACAUGGUGGGUCUCAGCCAAUGAGACGAAUUCAUGCACCCAGAAAUCACAAGAGUGGCAGGACACCAGUUAAAGGUCUACUGAUUGCUUUAUAUGAUGACACUUGGAUUAAGGGGCUCAGCCAGUGA